UUGGGAAGGCGAGGUCGUGGAAACUUUGCGUUGUCUCCUACUGCCCAACGCAGGGUGAUCUAUAUUUUAUUUUUUUUAAAGAUCGAACGGAAAAUGUUUUCCAAGAAAUCAGUAAUAAGCCCAUUAAGCAGCCUGUGGGUGCAGUCUCUCAGGAUCCUGCUGGUACUUUCCCUGUACUCCCUCAUAGAAGGAAACACUGAAAUAGAAAGGGCACAUGACUUGAUGAACACAUAUCCUCUUAUUGAUGGUCAUAACGACUUAGCUCUCCAGCUGAGGAUCCUUCACAGAAAUCGCCUGAGCCAGAUUGACCUUCAUAACCUCAGCAAAGUAGCCACUGACAUCUCCCGUCUCCAAGCUGGCCAUGUGCAGGCACAGAUGUUUGCCGUAUACGUUAUGUGCGGGGCCCAGCAGAAGGAUGCUGUGAGGCUAACUCUGGAGCAAAUAGAUCUGGUCAGACGUAUGUGCACUGAAUACAAGGAAUUUGAGCUGGUCACAUCUGCUCAGGAGCUAAAGAACUCUGCGAAGGAGCAAAAAAUAGCAUGUGUGAUAAGCAUUGAGGGAGGUCACUCCAUUGACAGCAGCCUUCCCACCCUUCGGAUGUUUUACCUGCUUGGAGUCCGUUCCAUGAGCCUCACGCACACCUGCAACACUCCCUGGGCUGAAUCUUCAUCAAAACUUUACAACGUCUUUCAAAGACGGAAUACCAGCCUUACGCACUUUGGAAAGGCUGUGGUGGACGAAAUGAACAGACUGGGGAUGAUUGUAGACCUUUCUCACACUUCUUGGGACACAGCCUCAGCUGUGUUGAAUCAUACCAAAGCUCCUGUCAUUUUUAGCCAUUCAUCCUCCUACUCUGUCUGCAACCACAGCCGCAAUGUACCCGAUUGGCUGCUGCACAAGCUGAAAAAGAACAGAGGGUUGAUCAUGGUGAAUCUCCAUAGCCAAUUCAUUGCCUGCAAACAUGAGGCUAUCAUCUCUCAAGUGGCUGACCAUUUUGAUCACAUUAAGAGCGUUAUUGGAACUGAGUCAAUUGGAAUCGGUGGGGACUUUGACGGUGCUUCAAUCUUUCCAGAGGGAUUAAAGGAUGUCUCAAAUUACCCCGCCCUGAUCGAGGAACUCAUGGAAAGAAACUGGACUGACAACCAGUUGGCUGAUGUCCUUCGAAGGAACUUUUUGCGGGUGUUUGAGGAAGUUGAAGCGGUCCGUGAUCUGUUACGCUCAAACUACCCCAGUGAGCUCCAGAUUCCCUCAGAGGAGGUGCAGAACCCCUGCAGACUUGAUCUAAGAUAUCCUUACCCAAGACAGGUGCCCCGUGGGCAGAGCGUCUCCCCCACAGAGAUAAAAUCACAGGGUUUUCUAAUCCGGGCUUCAGUUUUCUGCAAUCUUGUAAUUUUGUUGAUUAACUGUGUAUUUAUCUUAGUUUAGCACCGCCAUAUUUUUUGUGAUCUAUUGGAAGAAAAAGGCCUAAUUUUUCACUGUAAUCCAAAUGCCUACCAAUGUGUACACAUCAUACCAGUUUAAUAAACACAGCAUCACCCCAUCACCACUUUUUCCUGUUGUGGUUGGACAGAAAUAUUUUAAACCAAAUAUACCUUUGCAACGAUUAUGGAAUCACCUCUCUAGCAGGAUGUUGAAACAGCUGUUUUCUUUUGGAAAGAAACAUUAAAUCAUACAUAUGUCACAUAAUUACAACUCCUGAAUAGAAUUUUUCAUGAUAUUGCAUCUUUCCACAAAAGAAAGCUAAUUCAGUUUUUUUCUCUGGACAGACAUAACCUAGUAACAUGACCAUUAAACAGAGUUUAUCUCAAUCUGA